GUUGUGGUUAUCUAAUCCCUACUAAUCUCCUUCGAAGUACAUUCUCUUAGUGAAGAAAUGAGUGCUGCUAAAGUUGUUUGGGGUCGUUUUCUUGGACAGAUCGAGGCGGUAUUACCUCGUAAGCUUGUUCCAUUUUGGAAAGCUCCUGCCGGGCCACAAACUAUCUUUUUCUGGGCACCAGCUUUUAAAUGGGGUCUUGUAUUUGCUGGUAUUGCUGAUCUUGCAAGACCAGCUGAUAAACUCAGUCCAUCACAGUCAACAGCUUUGGCAGCUACUGGAUUGAUAUGGGCAAGGUACUCGUUGGUAAUCAUCCCCAAAAACUGGUUGCUCUUUAGUGUCAACAUUGGUCUUGGAAUCACAGGAAUAAAUCAGCUUUGUAGAAUAGCAUAUUACAGGUAUACUCUUGAGAAAUCAAAAGAAUCAAGUGAAAUCCAAGCAAGUGUGGAACAUAAAGCAAACUGAGGUCAUGGUGGAUUGGAAUAAGGACAUUGUAGAUAUUGAAUUUACUUAAUCUGAGCCUCACUUUGGGAGUUAACCUGGAAAAAAAUUAUUUUUUCAUUUUGGUUGGUCAGUUUUUGUCGUCAGUCUACACAUCAGAUCACUAUUUUACCCUUUAAUUUUUAGUGUAAUUCAUUUCUAAUCCAACUGGUAAUAACUCAUAGGGAAAAUCAGGUUUUAUCUAUAUAUAUUUAGAUAUGCUACUGCUCAAGCAGCCUGUAAUUAAAUUAUUCAAUGAAAAUAUUUAGCAUUUUUGGUCAUUCAAAUUUUGUGUAGAUCAGGUAGUUGCAAUGGGGUAGCUGUGCCUGAAUUGUAAAAUAUUAAUAGACAUGAAAAUGGGCAGCAACUGUGGAUUUUUCUAAUUUGGAGUUAGUAAGACAAGUAAUAGGUAUUAAAUUAAUUGUUUCUCAUGUGUAUCAUUAGUAUUUAAAAUUAGCAAGUGUCUUUUAAGGAUGGUAUAUUUAUACAUAUGGUUUUAGUAUCUCACAAGGCAUAGAAUAAUACAUGCAGGUGUUGUAAUGGUGAAUUAAAUGUAAAUUGUGUAUUAAAAAUAAAGGUUUUGUUUACAUCA